AUGUUCAAGUUAACUGUGUUCCUAGCACUGGUGUUUAUUGUGAGCAGCGUGUGGUCAUCGUGUGACUCUUGCGGGAGCGAGUGCGCCGCGUCGUGCGGCACGCGGCGCUUCCGCGCGUGCUGCUUCAACUACCUGCGUCGGAAGAGGGCGCCACAUGUCGCACAGCUCCAUUUCAGACCUCAAGGCUUGAAGGACAAUAGACCGAUGGCAGAUCUGCUGUCCUUUAUUGAAGAAGAUCCUAACGCAGACCUAUGGAUGAACACCGAAUACCAACCCUACCCUCCAGAAGAUAUGUUUGGAAAUGGCUUGGAUUGA